GCUUCCGGUCAGUUCCUCCAAUCGGCCAUAUUCCGCCGCUCAGUCUCAACCUCUCAACCCAGUCGCCGCUCUGUUGCCUUCAGCCCAUCAUAGUUUCAUUUCACAGGGGAUGGUCUUCCAUUUAUUACGAUCCAAGUGAACAGAGUGAAUCGGAGGAAAGACCGGUGAUUUUAUCCAGAGACGUUGACAGAAAACGGUCCGAGAUGACGACUCGAUCGGAGAGGGAAAAGGCUCAGAAACUGAACGAGCAGCAUCAGGCCAUUCUGUCCAAAAUGCUGAGAGAGGAUGAUAACAAGUACUGCGCCGACUGCGAAGCCAAAGGACCUCGAUGGGCCUCUUGGAAUCUUGGUGUGUUUAUUUGUAUCCGCUGUGCUGGAAUACACCGGAAUCUCGGAGUGCAUAUAUCACGUGUCAAAUCAGUCAACUUGGACCAAUGGACCCCCGAGCAGAUACAAAGUGUGCAGAGCAUGGGCAACACCAAGGCAAGACAGCUGUAUGAAGCUCAUCUCCCAGAAAACUUCAGACGGCCGCAAACUGACCAAACUGUGGAGUUCUUCAUCAGGGACAAGUACGAGAGGAAGAAGUACUACGAUAAAAACGCUGUCAAUGGAGCCAUUAAGUCCUCUGAUGCUGCUUUGCCCUCAGUAUCGCCUCCUCCUUCGCAAGCAGCUGAGAAAAGUAAACUGGAGAAAGAGAGAGAGAAGAAAAAGGAGGAGAAGAAGAGGGAAAAGGACACCGAUAAAGGGAACAAGCCAGCAGUUUUUGAGAAGGUAAUCAACCUCAUUACUUACCAAAUAGACUGGAGCCAUUACCUUUUUAAUGACAGCUGUGUUUUUUAA